AUGGCUCCCUUUCCGAACAUUAAAGUCAUUUUUGCUACUCUGCCUCGCGAGGUCCGUGACAAGAUUUUCGAACUUAUGCUCACCAACUCCAAGACCAUCAGCACCACGGAAUGCGCUGCAGUGUAUGGCCAGUCAGAGGAUCUGGGGUCAUUGAGAGCAAUUGUUAGAGCCUGCCAAACAUCACCGCAAUUUGCAAGAGAGGCUUUCCAGGCAUUCUUACGGAUCAAUACCUGCAGAAUGGUGGUCCAGAAUGGCCUUGGUUUCCUGAAUCGCCCGGUUUACUAUGUCAAGGGUCAAGUUUUCCAAAAGAUGAUGUUUCUCGUCAAUAGGAUUGAGAUCAAACUCGUCAUUCAUGAACAGACUGGGACGCGAUACGGGCUCCCUGGUUGCUUUCGCGACCUUCUGGCCUGUCCUGUUCUAUGCCACGUUACCUUCAAGGUUGGACUACUCAGGGUUGGACUCUAUUACGAUACCGAUGCUGAAUGGAGCUAUAUGUCGGAGGAUAGAGUUCUUGAUAAGAAAAAUUCAGAUGGGCUGGACGAAAUACUCACACUUACCUCGGGAAUGUAUCGGCAGCUCAAAGAGAAGAUUGGGGAGGAGCUAAAGUUCGAGACCAACUACCUGCGCGUUGGAGAAAAAAUCAAGGCUUGGGAAGAGCGCAUAGGCAAAGCUGCAGUCGAGCAAACAUGA